AUGAUAAGUAUUACUAAGACCUGGUAUUUUUGGCCAACAGGUGCCGGAAGGAAUAAACAGCACAAGAAAAUUCCUAUCUAUGUGGUCGAAGGCCAUCAUGAAGUCAUACCAUUUAUUCAUAAGAAUAUCGGAUCGAAGCAUCUACCUGUUGAAGGAUCUACUUUGAUCCAUUUCGACUCUCAUCCAGACAUGCUGAUACCUCUUGACAUGCCGGCUGAAUACGUCUUCGAUAAAGAAAAACUGUACGAUAGUCUAAGUAUAGAAAACUGGAUCAUGCCUGCGGCGUAUGCCGGACACUUCGAGCAUUUGGUGUGGAUCAAACCGCCAUGGGCGCACCAAAUUGAAGAUUCGAGUCAGAUUUUCAAUAUUGGAAAAGAUUCUACUAACGGUACAAUACGUUUAGAUUGCAAGGAAACUUAUUUUGUUUCUGAAUGUUUGUACACUAACAUUAAGGAUCUUGAAAAUUCAAGGGCAGUUCAGUUAGACGUCGCAACUCUUGGAAAGAAAUUAGUAAAUGGUAGUGAUGAUUUGAACCAGAUUCGUUCGUUAAUAUCUAGGUCUGAUGCUCCUGUUGUUUUGGAUAUAGAUCUUGACUUUUUUAGCACAGGUAAUCCGUUUAAAAGAAUGUAUGAGAAGGCGAACAUGUACGAGCAGCUUAAAGAUAUUUAUUACUAUAAAACGCCUAGUUCAAAAGACGAUGCCGCUAUUUCUGAAUCUACAGCUACGAGAAAGAAACAGAUCCAUUCCCUUUACAAUAUUUUUAAAAGCCUUAACGAAACCAAAACAAUGCCUGAUGUAGAAGAACCGAGCGAGCAGUGGAAGAAAGUAGACAACUUUAGAAAAAAUAUGCUAGAACAAUACGAAGAAGAUGACAUAGAUUGGUUGCUAGUACACGACGCUGGUUGCACUUGCGAUGAUUCAGGACUACCCGAUCAUAUUUCCUCCAUGGAAGAACUUGAAGUAAUGUUCGACUGCUUUAAAAAUUUCUUGGAGAUCUUGUCAAAACCUCCUGUAAUAGUAACGAUUUCCAGAUCAACAGAAGAUGAUUACACUCCCUUUGAAAACGUUGAGUUAAUUCAAAACAAAGUUAUUGAACUUUUGAAGAUUAGAUUUUCUUGUGAUGAACCUGUAUUACAUUAUGAGGAGGAGAAUUAA